ACUUCUGAUCCGUCACAUAUUACGCCAGCUGGCCGUCGAUUCUUUGCCAUUCAUGGGGUGUGUAUUGUACGCUGAUUGAAGAGCGUAGUAUCUUAUUCCAGCUUCACAGAAGCAAAAUGACAUCUUCUUUAGCAGACACGACGGCCAGUGUAUCUGCUGUGCCUCCCACUGCUUCCGGUCCAUCGCCACCCCCGAUCGUCCAGUUAUUGCCCAUCCUGCUUUCGGUCGUCAGGUUAUCCUAUUGGGCCAUCUCACUGCUUCUUCAGGCGUUGUUCGCUAUUGUAACGCCGCUCUAUUUGCUAUGGCCUUUGACGCUCCAAUUGCUGUCACCAAUCACCAUUAUUCUGACUGUCGUGGUGCAUGCGGCAGUGUUCACUCCGUGCUCGCUCUUGUACAAAAUGAUAGUGGCUCUUUAUCCCCUCUACGUGUUCUGCGCCACAGCAUGCAUAACUGGUGCUGUUAUGGGAAUUUUUGGCCGCUACAUCAUUGUCACCAUCCUUGGCGUGUUUGCCCUCUCGAGAAACUCGUUCCAUCGCAAGACGACCCAGACUCAGGCUUCUCCUCCGGCUAAUCAUCCACUCCGCAGACGGAAACGACGAAGCGUACGCAUGCAAUAACGCAGUGGCAAUUCUCAACUACCCAGGCCCAGUCCCGUCUCGUUACCCGCGCCCCGUCUUCGCCUGUUCUUUGUCGUAGCCCUAUUUUCUAAAUUAUUGCCUUGUCAGCGGCUCUUCGCCUAAGGAGUUUGCUCCACGUCCUGAACCAUCCGGAAUUGCGCAAGGAUGCCAGUGGCUGAAGUCAUGUAACGGUUGGAGGGUGGUCCCCCGUGGUUUGCUCGUAAACUGAUGGAUAUAUACCAUAUUUACUUACAAGUUACCUUCGGUGUCCUCAUGAAUUGUAACGUGUGGCUUCACUCUGCAUGCGCUGUUCUUAGAACUGAUACCAACA